AGAUGCACACUCGUCACUCGGCGGUGUCGCUUCACGGUGGAGCACGCUGAAAUCUGAUUGGCUGCUAGCAAACGUAAUCACGUCUGCUCUGAUUGGUGGAUGACACAUCCAAACCGGAAGUAAGCUCAAAAAGUCAACAUGGGAACUCGCGUGAAGGUUUUGAGCGUAUUUAAAUCGCUGCACAGAACAAGGAUGGCUGUGUUCAAAGAUGACGAGAGAGCACUGGCAGCUGCAAAAUCGAAAAUCAACGAGGAGUUCCGUAAAAAUAAACAUGAAUCGUCAGAAGAAAACAUUGAGAAGAUGAUCAAAAUGGGUUCAGAUGUGGAAACAGUCCUACGAGAGGGCGUGGUUCAAAUGGAGCACGUCGGCAACAAACGACUCCGUGAGUCGAUGUUUCCGUUUUGUUUUUUUCUCCAGACAGCAUUUUCUGUACAUUUUUUUUUCUCGCAGUGCUUCGAGCAAGAGAAGGUCUUCUACUAGAGAAUGUGCCGUAUUGUGAUCAGCCCAGGAAAAACUCAUGACAGAUCAUCUGAUGACAUAAGAAGGAAAGAGACUCAUGGCUAAAGACUUGUGAUCAUCCCGUCACGCAUAUUUCAUUUAGAUAAAAUCUGCCAAACAAGAUCAUGGCUACUACGUGGAUGAAGCUCUUUUUGAAGGAGACGUCGGCUGUGCUUUAAAGUUAAUAUCAAAGUUUCGUGUCUACUGUGUAAUUAAAUUAUGUUAAAUGUU